GGCAGAGCCUGUGGUUUCAGCCGCGCAGCCAAAGGCUUGUGAGAACCUAGUGGAUGCUGGAUUUAUCCCUGCUGCUGCUGCUGUUGCUGCUGCUGUUUCUCAGGGGCUGCCAGAGCAUGGACUAUUAAAAACUUGCAUUUCUGCCGUGUGAGAUAACAUUUUGACACCAAUAUGGGAAAACAAAACAGCAAGCUACGCCCUGAAGUCAUGCAAGAUUUGCUAGAAAGUACAGACUUUACAGAACACGAGAUCCAGGAAUGGUACAAAGGCUUCUUGAGAGACUGUCCAAGUGGACAUUUAUCUAUGGAGGAGUUUAAAAAAAUAUAUGGGAACUUUUUCCCUUAUGGGGACGCUUCUAAAUUUGCGGAACACGUAUUCCGCACUUUUGAUGCUAAUGGAGAUGGAACAAUAGACUUCAGAGAAUUCAUCAUAGCCUUGAGCGUAACAUCGAGAGGUAAACUGGAGCAAAAGCUGAAGUGGGCUUUCAGCAUGUAUGACCUCGAUGGGAACGGCUACAUCAGUAAGUCAGAGAUGCUGGAAAUUGUGCAGGCAAUCUAUAAGAUGGUUUCUUCUGUCAUGAAGAUGCCGGAAGAUGAGUCGACACCAGAGAAAAGGACAGAGAAGAUCUUCCGCCAGAUGGACACCAACCGUGACGGAAAGCUCUCCCUGGAGGAGUUCAUCCGAGGCGCCAAGAGCGACCCGUCAAUCGUCCGCCUCCUGCAGUGCGACCCCAGCAGCGCCGGGCAAUUCUGAACCCGUUCUUUGGAUGAAUUAUGUAUCUGCUUUUUUUUUUCCUUGCCAAACAACAUUCAUGGUAGUGUUGCCUCUGUAUGGCCAAUUAUGCCUUCUUUUGUGGCAUCUUAUAGCUUCUUUUGUUGUGGAUUAAUUAUAAGAAUGCUGAAUUGCUCUUAAUGAUUUGUCCAGAGCAUGGGCAGUACUGUUUUAAACAGCUAUUGUGGCGUUAUCAUUGUUUUAAAGAUUUCAUUUUGUUUUUGUUUUAACGUGUCUGUUUUGGAAAGUAUGCAAUGCAAAGGAAAAAAAAACAACCACAAAACCCAUGGCAGCAAGACAUAUUGACAGAUUCUAGAUUGCUGCUUUAGUAGCUGAAUACUCACCCACAGCACCUGAAAGUGUAGUAGAGAUUGAAGCAAAAGGGUUACGGCAGGGGCAGAGUUCAUCGGGCACCUCUGUUUCCUACCCAGGAGGCACCAGUUAAGCUCAAAGACAGGAUCACGAAGAAGUAUGAAUGUGCAAAG